AUGGUCUCUAACACGCUGCAGUUUGAGCAGCUGCUCCUGCUGAAGCAGCUGGAGUUGGGAGGGCCGCAGAGGUUUGUGGGAAAUGUAGUCUCGCCCUCCAAGAGGUCACCCGCACAGCACUAUGGGAAGAUCUCUGUCUGGUUUCUUCUGAGCAUGUGCUGCUCUGCCCACUUCUGCUAUUUUCCUCCUGGAACUUCCGGACUGCGGCUUCUCCCACGCUGCUCAGCCAGUCUGGGUUUGGGUCUUGCGUUCCUAAAGGUUGGUGCCAGGGUGAAAGAGGAGACCCACAGGCCUCGGGGGAGCCUGGGGAGCGGGACAAGUGUCCCACCACCUGAUGGAGCAGAAAUCUAUAAUUCCAGAGUCCUCUACAUGUUUUCCAGAUCAGAGAAGAUGGAUACAUCUCCAGAGUUGGUGUCAUUUGAGGACGUGGCUGUGGACUUUACCUGGGAGGAGUGGCAGGACCUGGAUGAUGCUCAGAGGACCAUGUACAGGGACGUGAUGCUGGAGACUUAUAGCUGCCUGGUGUCCUUGGGGUACUGCCUUACCAAACCUGAGGUGAUUUUCAAGUUGGAGCAAGGAACAGACCCAUGGGCGUUAGAAGAACUCCCAAACCAGAGCCUACCAGAUGUCCGGAUAGUCAAUAACGUCAUUGAGAGGAGCCAAGAAAGUCAUGGUAGACAUUUGCGGCAAGUUGCAAUCACCAACAGCGACACUUCAAUUGAGGAAAGAGUUAAAUUAGGAAAAACAUUUAAUGUGAGCUUAAAGCAUAUUUCAAAUUUGAUUGUACAUAAUGGGAAGUUUUCAGAAAUGAGGCCUGUGGAGUUUAAUGUAUGUCAGCAUGCUCUUUUCCCUAGAGAGCCUGAUGAGAUGCAUACUGGAGAGAAGCCUGAUGUUAGUAAUGUAACUGGUAAGUCCCUGAGGUGUUGUGAACAUCUUAGUGAGCAUCACAGGAAUGAGUCUGGGCAGAAGCAUUUUGAAUAUAGUGGACAAGGGAAUACCUCCAACACAAGGGCCAUGUUAUUGACAUGUAAGAGGAUUCAAAUGGGAGAGACCUUCUGUAAAUAUAAUGAAUGUGAGAAAGCCUGUGAUAAGUCAGCUCUCAUUGCCCAAGGGAUAACUCAGGUAGGGAGGAAAACAUUUGAAUGUAAUGUAUGUGGGAAAACUUUCUCUAAAAAGUCUAACCUCACUAACCAUCAGAAAAUACACACAGGAGAGAAACCCUAUAAAUGUAGUGAAUGUGAGAAAUCCUUCUUCAUGAAAUCAGUCCUUGCUGUACAUCAGAGAAUACAUACAGGAGAGAAGCCCUAUGCAUGUAAUGAAUGUGGGAAAACCUACUGUCAGAAGUCAGGCCUUACUAUGCAUCAGAGAAUCCACAGAGGUGAAAAACCCUAUAAAUGUUGUGAAUGUGGAAAAACCUUCUGUCAAAAGUCAGCUCUUAUUAUACAUCACAGAAUUCACACAGGAGAGAAACCCUAUGAAUGUAAUCAGUGUGGGAAAGCAUUCUGCCAAAAGUCAACACUUAUUGUACAUCACAGAAUUCACACAGGAGAGAAACCCUAUGAGUGUAAUGAAUGUGGAAAACUGUUCUGCCUUAAGUCAGACCUCACUAUACAUCAGAGAACUCACACAGGGGAAAAACCCUAUGAAUGUAAUGAAUGUGGGAAAACGUUUCGCCAGAAGUCAAACCUCAGGAUGCAUCAGGGUACUCACACAGGUGAGAAGCCCUACAAAUGUAAUGAAUGUGGGAAAGCCUUCUUCCAGAAGUCAUACCUUGCUAGGCAUGAGAGAAUUCACACUGGGGAGAAACCCUAUGAAUGUAAUGAAUGUGGAAAAACUUUUUGUGUGAAGUCAAAUCUCAGCUCACACCAGAAAACUCACACAGGUGAGAAGCCAUAUGAAUGUAAAGAAUGUAGGAAAACUUUCUACCACAAGUCAGACCUCAUUGUACAUCACAGAACUCAUACAGGGGAGAAACCUUAUGAAUGCAGUGACUGUGGAAAAAUGUUUUGUCUGAAGUCACUCCUCACUAAACAUCAGAGAACUCAUACAGGGGAAAAACCUUAUGAAUGUAAUAAAUGUGGAAAAACCUUUCGUCAAAAGUCACACCUCAGCAGACAUCAGAGAACUUACACAGAGGAGAAAGCCUAUGAAUGUAAUGAAUGCGAGAAAACAUUUUGUCUGAAGUCAGUCCUUACUAAACAUCAGAGAACUCACACAGGGGGAAAUCCUUCUGAAUGUAAUAAAUGUUUGAAAACCUUUUCUCAGAAAUCACACCUCAGCAGGCAUCAGAGAACUCACACAGGCAAAAACUCCUGUGUAACAGAAACUGGCUAUGUGUUCUCCAAAAAUCAUUCUCUUUUCUCUGGGACACAUACUUAGCCUGCAUUUAUCUGCCUCCCAUUAUUUUGUGCAGUACCAUAUAACUGAGCUCUGUUCAGUAGAGUGUGGACACAGGUGAUGAGCAUUACUUUCAUGCCUGGAAACAGAAAAAUGCCCACAUAGUCUUCUCUGAUUUUUCAUCCCCUCUGGGACUGAAGUGCAGAUGACCCCCAUGGUGGCCUUGGGAGCUGUAUUAGUCCAUUUCUAUUGCUUAUAACAAAAUACCUGGAACUGGGUAAUUUAUAAAGAAAAUGAAAUUUAUUGCUUACAGUUCAGAGGCUAAGAAGUCUAAAGUCCAGAAAACAUCUGGUAAGGGUCUUCCUUGGUUACUUUACAGCAAUGCAGAAGUCUCACAUUGCAGAAAAUGGUGGAGCAGAGAGACUCAUAUGCUAUCCUUUUAAAGACCUCAGAACCAUGCUCCUGACCACCAUAAUUAAUCCAUUCACUAUAGCAUGGUCCUACAAUCUAAUCACCUCUUCAAGGCCCCACCUUUCAAUUACCAUAAUGGGUUUUACCACCCUCAACAGUUAUAGUGAGGGUUAAACUUCAGUGAGGUUGGGGGGUGGGCAUCUGAUCUACAGCAGGAGCCAUAGGUGGGAGAAGGAAGACCACUGUGAUUUAAGACAGAAGGAAUUGAUUAAAGAAACCAGAGAUCUUCUCACGUUUAUCCCAAUCCCAUUCAAUUGUACU